AUGUGUCGUCUCGUCCUUUUCGCGGGAACCUGUACCCGCUGCAACGAAUCCCUCACCUGGGCCGACCUCUCCCAGCAGCUCUCGUGCCUCGAAGCCAAGAACGCCGAUGAGUUCGGCGGGUGCCGCCGAGGCGUCGACGUCGAGACGCACGCCUUCGACCAAGAGUGCGAUACGUGCGCCGGCGAGGACGAGGGCGUCGCGGGCUUGGACUUUGGAGAGCAGCAACAUCACCCGUAUUACCAGCAGUACCACGAGUACGCGCAGUUCCAGCUUCAACAUCAGCAGCAGCAAACAUAUCAGCAGUCAGGGUCCACAGAGGCAACAUCAGCAGCAGCAGUAGCAGCAGUAACGUCAUCAACAUCACCAGUGGUGUUGCAGGGUCAAAGCAAACGACCCAGUCCGAAGGAGGAGACUGACGGGAGAAGGAAGAAGAGGGCGAGGACGUGA